AUGUCCCGCUCGUGGCUGGGAGCCCCCCUGGAGCAGUUGCCCACCCCGGCGCUGAUCCUGGACCGGGCCACGCUGCACGGGAACGCCGAGCGGAUGCGGGAGCGCUGCCGGGCGCUGGGGCUGCGCCUGCGGCCCCACGUCAAAACCCACAAAACGCUGGAAGGGGCGGCUCUGGCCACGGGUGGGACGCGCCGUGGCAUCGUGGUGUCCACGCUGGCCGAGGCGCGCUUCUUCGCGGCCGGCGGUUUCGAUGACAUCCUCUACGCCUUCCCGGUGCCGCGCUGGCGCCUGGCCGAGUGCUCGGCGCUGGCCCAGCGCCUCCAGGAGUUCCAGGUGCUCCUGGACAGCCCCCAGGGGCUGGAGCUGCUCCUGCAGAACCCCCUUGCCGGCGGGAAGCGCUGGCUCGUCUGGCUCAAGCUGGACUGCGGGAAUGGCCGGGCCGGGAUCCGUCCCUCGGACCCCGAGGCUCUGGGCCUGGCCCGCGCCAUCGCCCUGGGCUCCCCGGAGCGGGUGACACUGGUGGGGGUCUACGCCCACUGCGGGAACACCUACGGCUGUCGCGACAUCCCGGCCAUCCAGGCCAUCGCCAGGGACACCACGGCCGCCGUGCUGGAAUUUGUCACCGCGUGA